AUUGAAUUGAAAUCAAUUGAAAUGGCAAAAUAGAGCAUUGCUAUUUAUUUGUUUACUUUGCAUUUCCUGCUCGACUUGUGUCGUUAGCUUCAUUCAUAGUUUUAGAAUUUUAUGUUAGGGUACCAGGGCUUUUUUGAACACCAGAAAUUACAAAUCUAUUUUAAUAUAAAAUAUAAAAAUGAGUGAAACCGCGGAAGACAAUAAAAAAGCACCGAUGUCUGAAGAGGAAAGAAUCUCUCUUUGCCAGAAGAUGGAUCAAGAACUUGACGAUUUUAUCAAUAGUUUGGAGAGAAAACGCUACACUGAGGGUUGGCCCGAGGAUCGCUGGGAGGAGGAAAUGGAUAAGCAUCCAUUCUUUAUGAAGUCAGCAUCAGGCGAAUUGUCUCCACUAGCAGAGGGUCUUGCAAAUUUGAAGUAUGACCCUGAUGAGAACACGCCACUGGAACUUGCCACUAAUUAUAAGGAGGAUGGGAAUUUUAACUUUAAGCAUAAAAAUUAUAGAUUGGCAAUAUUGGGGUACACAGAGGGCAUCAAGGUUAGAUGUGACGAUGCCGAAAUUAAUGCAAGCUUGUAUAACAACCGCGCGGCAGCACAAUUCCAUUUAAAGAAUUACCGAUCCGCUUUAUCCGAUAGCGAACGCGCAUUGUCGCUUAAGCCAGAUCACGCUAAAGCUCGAUUACGGGCAGCCAAAUCUGCAUUUGCAAUUGGAAAACAUGAUACAUGCAUAGAACACUGUGAAAAAUUACUACAAACACAAACAAAGGAUAAAGAUUUAAUAGAACUUGUUAAUUUAGCAAAGAAGAAAAAGUUUAUUCAAGAGCGAGACGAAAGAAAGAAAAAUAGCACGGAAGCCAAAAAAAAUGCACAAAAAGAAGCAGUUAUUAAAGCUAUUGUUGAUAGAGGCAUAAAAAUAUCUGAUUGUGAGGACGCAGACGACAUUGACUUGUCCAAGUUAGAACCGUGUAUACCAGGUGCCCAAGAAGCAAUGGUCCAUUUAGAAGGUGGUGUUUUAAAGUGGCCUGUACUGAUAUUAUACCCAGAGUACCAACAGACAGAUUUUAUUAGAGCAUGCCCGGAAAAUGUGCCACUUUUAUGCCAGUUGGAGCAAAUAUUCCCUGCGCCUUGGGAUGAGAAAAAUACAUACAGUAUUCGAAAAAUUCGGCUUUAUUUCGAGGGCUCUGAUAGUUUGCCACAUUUAAUAGAUCCCACACAGAACCUUGGUGAAAUCUUGAAGAUGAAGCAUUACGUGUUGAAAUCGGGUACACCAUCGUUUUUCUGCUUGCUGAAAGGAACUAAAAUGGAAAGAAGCUAUUUGGAGAGCUAUAUUUAAUAAGCCAACCAUUAUUUUUUAAGUUCUUGUUUCAUUUCAUUCCUAUGUUUUGUUAUAUGUCUUUUUUGUAGCAUUAAUGUUAUACUAACCUUCAAACUUUAUCUAUUAAGUGCAAAGUUAGUUUAAUGUUUUUAUUCUUAUUAAUCAUUUGACAAAUUAUUGUGAAUGUGUCAACAUUUAAGCAAAUACGUGUUUAUAAGUAUUUAGGUGU